GUCACUCUCGUGUUGUGUUACAUUGUCGCGCGUUUUAGAAGUACAUUUAGAAAAAUGAUAAACGCCAAAAUCAUCGCUGUUAAUGUAAAGGAUAUAAGAUUUCCGACAUCGUUAAAUCGAGAUGGAAGCGACGCAAUGCAUACCGAUCCUGAUUAUUCUUGCGUGUAUGUAACGAUUACAACAAAUAGCGGGCACGAAGGAUAUGGUCUUACGUUUACCUUGGGAAGAGGAACUGAAAUCGUUGUGCAAGCAUGUAAGUCUCUAGCCUCGAUUAUAAGGCUUCGAAAAUUAGAAUGGAUUUACAAUGAUUUUGCGAAAUUUUGGAGACGUUUAACGAGCGAUUCGCAAUUGAGAUGGAUUGGACCGGAAAAAGGCGUGAUACAUUUAGCUACAGCGGCUAUCAUAAACGCACUGUGGGAUUUGUGGGCCCGUAUCGAAAACAAACCUGUCUGGAAACUUCUUUCGGACAUGACACCCAAGCAGCUCGUAUCUCUUAUAGAUUUCAGAUAUGUGAAAGACAUAAUAGAAGAGCAUAACGCGAGAAUAAUACUCGAGGAAAGAAUGAAAAAUAGGGAGCAGCAAGAAAAGAAAUUGCUAAAGAAUGGAUAUCCCGCGUAUACCACUCAGGUCGGAUGGCUGGGCUAUAGCGACCAGCAGCUUGAGGAUCUUUGCAAAAAGUUUCUCAAUUCUGGUUAUACAGCAUUUAAGAUUAAAGUAGGCAAGAAUCUGGAGGAUGACAUUAGAAGGUGCGAAGUGAUACGCAAAGUGAUCGGCUACGGAAACAAAUUGAUGAUGGACGCGAACCAGGUGUGGGACGUGAACGAAGCGAUCGAGUGGAUGAAGAAGCUAGCAAAAUUUAAACCCGUUUGGAUAGAGGAACCGACAUCUCCUGAUGAUGUCAUUGGACACCACGAGAUACUGAACGGAUUAAAACCGUAUGGUAUUGGAGUGGCUACUGGCGAGAUGUGCGCAAAUCGCGUUAUGUUCAAACAGUUUCUGAGAUAUCAUGCGAUCAGUUGUUGUCAGGUUGAUUCGGCGAGGAUUGGUGGGAUUAACGAGAUCCUGGCUGUUUAUUUAAUGGCACACAUAACUAAUACACCAGUUUGCCCGCAUGCUGGUGGAAUAGGUUUGUGCGAGAUGGUUCAGCACCUUCAAAUGUGGGACUACAUUUGUUUAAGUCAGACCACUGAAAAUCGUAUAAUUGAAUUUGUGGAUCAACAACAUGAACACUUUGAGGAUCCUGUUCAAAUUAAAAAAGCACAUUACAUGCCACCCAUGAGUCCUGGAUACUCGACUAAACUUAAGAAAGAGAGCAUCAUAAAUUAUACUUAUCCAACAGGUAAUUAUUGGCAAAAUAAGAUUGCUGAAGAAGAAAAAGAAGAAACUGAGGAGAAAUGUGAUUAAAUGUUUUUGAAAAAUUUACAU